CGGGCGGCAUCAGGAAAUGCAACAGGUGGAAAACUAUUCGCUCUCGCAAUGAUCUGUUGUUGUUCUCCCUAGGGAAGGAAGGUGCACUUGAAGAGAACGCUGCCUGAAUUUGGACGCUCGAGUAAGGGGAAAAAUAAGAACUAGUCGCACGUCCAGCCACAGAAAACCCACAGCCAGGCACCAUGGAUGACAGCUUGAGUAACUCCAAUGUGAAGGUCGCAGUUCGCGUCCGACCAAUGAACAGAAGAGAAAAAGACCUGAAGACCAACUGUGUGGUGGGGAUGGAGGGGAAUCAGACAGUGUUGAACCCUGCUAGUCAGAACCUCAGCAAGGGAGACUCCCGGAAUCAGCCGAAGGUCUUUGCUUAUGACCACUGCUUCUGGUCCAUGGACGAGUCCGACACAGACAAGUUUGCAGGUCAAGAUGUUGUGUUCCAGUGCCUUGGAGAGAGUCUUCUGGACAAUGCCUUCAUGGAGGGCUAGCACUAUGCUUCCUGUAUCUUCGCCUCUGGAUGGAAAGACAUGCUUCCUGGUUGGUACCAGACUAGCUCUGGGAAGUCGUACACCAUGAUGGGUUCGUCAGAGAAGCCAGGUCUGAUCCCGCGGCUGUGCAGCUCUCUGUUUGACCGGACUCUACAGGAUCAGAGGGAGGGAGAGAGCUUCACUGUAGAGGUCUCCUUUAUGGAGAUCUACAACGAGAAGGUUCGCGACCUACUGGACCCUAAAGGAAGUCGUCAGGCCCUGCGAGUGAGAGAACACCAGGUGUUCGGGCCGUACGUCGAUGGUCUGUCUCGUCUGGCUGUAGCCUGCUAUAAGGACAUAGAGUGUCUGAUGUCAGAGGGUAACAAGUCUCGUACAGUAGCAGCCACCAAUAUGAACGAGGAGAGCAGCAGGUCCCACGCCGUCUUCAACAUCAUCCUCACACACACUCUAAUGGACCUGGGUUCUGGGACCAGUGGGGAGAAGGUCAGUAAGCUGAGUCUGGUAGAUCUGGCUGGCAGUGAGAGAGCUGCUAAGACUGGAGCUACUGGAGAGAGAAUGAAGGAGGGGAGCAAUAUCAACAAGUCUCUUAGCACGCUGGGCCUGGUGAUCUCAGCGCUGGCAGACCAAGGAGCAGGGAAGAACAAGACCAAGUUUGUUCCCUACAGAGACUCAGUUCUGACCUGGCUACUCAAGGACAGUCUGGGUGGUAACAGUAGGACAGCCAUGGUGGCCACGGUGAGUCCAGCAGCUGAUAACUACGACGAGACGUUGUCCACGCUGCGCUACGCUGACCGGGCUAAGAGCAUCGUCAACCACGCCGUCGUCAACGAAGACCCCAACGCACGCAUCAUCAGAGAGCUACGGGAGGAGGUGGAGAAACUACGAGACCAGCUCACUGAGGCUGAGUCUAUGAAGGCUCCAGAUUUGAAGGAGAGGCUGGAGGAGUCCGAGAAACUGAUUCAGGAGAUGACAGUUACCUGGGAACAGAAACUACGGAAGACUGAGGCAGUGGCUCAGGAGCGACAGAAACAGUUGGAGUCUCUAGGUAUCUCUCUCCAGUCGUCUGGCAUCAGAGUGGUAGACGACAAGUGUUUCCUUGUCAACCUCAACGCCGACCCUGCACUCAAUGAGCUACUGGUUUACUAUCUAAAGGAGCACACGCGUGUUGGCUCAGCUGACUCUCAGGACAUUCAGCUGUGUGGUAUGGCCAUCCACCCUGAACACUGUGUCAUCAACAUCACAGCGGAGACUGGAGUGGUGCUCACGCCACACCGCAGCUCCCGUACGUGUGUGAAUGGCUCUUCAGUCACCAACCCUGUCCUGCUUCACCAUGGAGACCGGAUCCUGUGGGGAAACAACCACUUCUUCAGGAUCAACCUGCCCAGACACCUGGCCCAUGCGGGGGGUGAGGAUGAGGCGGGUGGUGUGAUGAAGAAUUGCCUCAGUACUGACCAGUUGGAAGUGGAUUUUGAUACGGUCAGCAAUGUGUCCAGUGAGGUCAGCUUUGGCUACGAGUUCGCCCAGACAGAGGUCAUGAUGAAGGGCAUGGGUAGCAACGACCCCAUGCAGUCUGUCCUCCAGACGUUGGAGCGACAGCACGAGGAGGAGAAGAGGACGGCUCUGGAGCGACAGAGACAGAUGUACGAGCAGGAGCUGCAGCAGCUGAGGAAGCGGCUCCCUCCUGCAGAGAAACACACUCUGCUGCUGCCGAGCCCUGGGCCUGACCUGGAGCCAGCCGCUCCCUCAGCAGCAUCGAUCGCAUCAUCACCCUGCGCCCAGACACGCAUGCGGAGAUGGAGCGAGGACAGAGAGGCCAUGAUGACUCGUAGCCUGCGUAGACUGAGGGAGCAGAUCGUCAGAGCUAACCUGCUGGUGCAGGAGGCAGGCUUCAUAGCUGAGGAACUCAACAAGCGGACGGAGUACCUGGUCACAUUGCAAAUACCUGCUGCUAACCUCAACGCCAACAGGAAGCGUGAUGCGGUGCUAAGUGAGCCUGCGGUGCAGGUGAGACGUAAGGGUAAAGGGAAACAGAUCUGGGCUCUGGAGAAGAUGGAGAACAGACUGGUGGACAUGAGAGAACUGUACCAGGAGUGGAAGGACUACGAUGAAGACAACCCUGUAAUGCGUUCCUACUUCAAGCGUGCCGACCCGUUCUUCGACGAGCAGGAGAACCACAGUCUGAUUGGAGUGGCCAACGUGUUUCUGGCCUGUCUCUUCUACGACGUCAAGCUGCAGUACGCUGUACCCAUCAUCAACCAGAAGGGAGAGGUUGCAGGGCGUCUACAUGUGGAGGUGUGGCGAGGGAGCGAGGGGCUGGAGAAAGGAGAGACCAGUCCAGAUGGCGAGACUCAGGAACGCAAAAUGGAGUGUGUGGUCAGGAUCCUGCAGGCUACAGGUCUUCCUCGUCACCUGUGUAACUUUGUGUUCUGCCAGUACCAUUUCUGGGGGCAGGAUGAGCCUGUGUUCAUCGCCCCAGAGGUGGAGCCUACACCCCCCUCAGCCACCAGCAGAGAUCCCCUCUGCACCGUACUUUUCGACAGUAGCAAGGAGCUGGAGGUGUGUGUGUCCGAGGAGUUUGUGGAGUUUGUGGCGGAGGGGGCAGUGGCCAUCGAGGUGUUUGGACAUAAACAGGUGAACCACCGCAGGAACCUGGCUCUCUGGGAUCUGGGAGUCAUUCAGGCCAAGACACGAACCCUCAGAGAGAGGUGGAGUGAGGUGACUCGUAGGCUGGAUCUCUGGGUUCAGGUGUUGGAGCUGAAUGACGCAGGAGAGUUCACCCCUGUAGAGGUCCUACCACCCAAGGACGUACGCACAGGGGGCAUCUUCCAACUCAGACAGGGCCAGUCUCGUCGUUUGCAGGUGGAGGUACGGUCCGUACCUGACUCAGGAACCAUGCCCCUCAUCGCCACAAACAUCCUCUCUGUUUCCAUUGGCAACGUGGAGGUACGCGAGAUCUGCCGCUGGGAUGAGGACGUGGACAGCUAUCAGGAAGGUGAUCUGGAGAGGUUGAGGGACCAGUGGCUGACCACUCUCACUAAGAGGCAACAGUACCUGGACCAGCACCUGCAGGAAGAUAAGUCAGAGGAUGACGUGGAGAGGGAGGCCCAGCUGUUAGAGUGGCGUUUGACCCUGACAGAGGAACGUAACGCUGUCCUGUUACCUUCGGCUGGUAGCGGGAUCCCUGGAGCCCCCGCUGAGAGAGAUCCUGUUCCUGGGAUGGAGGCACACAUUCCUGUUCUCUUCCUGGACCUCAGUGCUGAUGAUUUCCAGGAUAACCUAUCUGCUCCACUGGCUGGGGGUCUAGAUGCCAUGCUUAACCAGGAGGAUGAGGAUGCGUUUUUUGACUUGCACAUCGUCAAGCACUACGAUGGAGGAGAGGUUGGUGCAGAGGCGUCGUGGGACUCUACGGUACAUAACUGUCCCCAGCUGAGUCGCAGUGUGUCAGCUGACCUCAGGGUGUACCUGAUCGUCAGGGUCGUAGUUCAGCUCUCUCACCCUGCUAACAUGCACCUGGUCCUCCGAAAACGAAUCUGUGUCAACCUAGCUGGACGACAGGGUUGGGGUCAGAGUCUGUUGAAGAGGAUGUCUCAUCGUAGCACCAUCCCUGGUUGUGGAGUCACCUUCGAGAUCGUCUCCAACAUCCCUGGGCAUGUCCAGGGUCCAGAGGACAGAGAGAUGCUGGCCAGACUAGCAGCCAGUGUUGAUGUUCAGGAUGUCCAGUCAGGGGACAGUGAGGCUGCCAUAGAGAAGUACCUCCGCAGUGUCCUGGCUGUAGAGAAUAUAGUCUCUCUGCCUGGACCGACUGAGCUGACCAGUCUCUCUGCCAGUGAGCUGACCAGUCUCUCUGCCAGUGAGCUCCACAUCUCUGCCAGUGAGCUGACCAGUCUCUCUCUGUGUGGGUCUGUGUGUGUCUGUGUCUGUGUGUCUGUGUGUCUGUGUGUCUGUGUGUCUGUGCAGGAAGUAGCAGUGAAGGAGAAGUUGUCUGUCAAGGCCAAGUCUCCAAGUCGUGCUCUCAGCUCUCCUAACGUGAACCGGCUGUCAAGAUCCUGGAGCAGACAGGAUCUGUCCUCCAAUCACAGGCUAGAUGACAACAAGGGCUGGUCAGAGAGUAACCAGGACCUGUCAGUGUUCUCUCCACCGUCCAACUCCAGACGCACCCUGCCUAGCUCCGCUCCGCCUCUGGCCCAGAACAUCCACCCUGAGACGUUCAAGGCUCUGGUUCCUCCUGUCCCUAAACUGCUAAAGUCCCUGUUCCCAACCAGGGAGGAGAAGAGAGACCUGACCCAUGUCCCACAGCAGCCUCUCCCUCAGAGCCUACCUCGCAUUGUAGUGCAGUCCGCAAGUGUUGAAGAGGACUUGGAUACAAAACUUAGUCGUCACUUGGUUCCCAUUGGGGUAAUCGUCCACCCAAAGUGCCAAUCAGAGGCUGGGAAAACCAUGCCCCUCCCACCGGCUAUCAUCCCUCCACUCAUCCCUGAGAUAGAAGACCCCUUCCCCAGUCCGGUCAGCGAGGCAUCCAGUGGCUACAUGUCCACCAGCGUCUCCACGGCAACCCUGUCAGAGGCUUACCUGAUUUGUGGGGACCUCGGUCUGUCAGCCAAUCUCAAUCCAGAUGGCUUUGAGGUGACGCACAGGUCGUUCGAGUCCGACAUCGGUCGGUGUCUUCAUCAGGAGUCUAACAUGGCCGACCAGGAGGAAGAGAGGGCCACUGCUACUGACCUGGAGGCUUCAGAGAAACAGAGGACUGAUACUAGUUCUCCCCAGGCAGACAGGACUGAUAUUGAUACACUACGAGCAGACUCUUCUCUUCCAUUGGAACCACAUGGAACCUCCGCAGAACCUCUUCUCAUAUCAAAACCCUAUAAAUCCUCAGGAGAACCAGAGUCACUGACACACAAGUUUACACAAGAAUACUACAGACUACUACCGUGUGAAGAAUCAAUCCAACCAGAGUCACUGACACCGUCUACACAAGAACAGUCUGUAGUAUCUAAUGAGUCUGAACCACCAGUCCAGCCAGUCAAGUCUGUACAAGAACAACUGAGACAGUCUUCACCAGACAAGUCAACAGAAAAACUGUCUGUAGUAUUAGACCAGUCAGAACCACCAGUCCACAUUAAAGACCCAGUCCAGUUAGAAGAACCACCAGUGGAGCCAAAGCCACCUCGGGAACAGCGUGAGGCAACAGCUGAGUCAGCACCUCUAGACCAGCUAGCACCUCUAGACCAGCUAGCACCUCUAGACCAGCUAGCACCUCUAGACCAGCUAGCACCUCUAGACCAGCUAGCACCUCUAGACCAGCUAGCACCGGCAGACCAGCUAGCACCUCUAGACCAGCUAGCACCGGCAGACCAGUCUGAACCUGCACUUACCCCUGUAAAGCCUCUGGUUGUCGAGCUUGCACCUAGCCAGCCAGCCCUAGCCCCAGCCCCAGCCCCAGCCCCAACCCUGGCUUCAGCUCCAAUCACGGCCGUAACUCUUGCUCCUGUCCCACCCAAAGCCCCUCUCCUAACCACUGUCCCAACCCUUCUUCCAGGACUAGUUGUCAAACCUCCCAGUAACUCGGCAGCAAACCCAUUCAAGAUUCAGAAAGUAAAGACGUCCGAUCUGAAGUCCUUCCAUCCUAUCGUAAAUGAGGAUGAGAGCCAGGCCAGGAACAGUGGUCUUGGUGCUGAUCUCUCUCUUCCUCUUGAUAUCCUCUCUGACUCAGACGAAGGAGUCACUGACACAGCCACAGAGGUGCCUGACUGGCUGAAGGAGGGGGAGUUUGUGACUGUAGGAACGAAUAAAAGUGGCACUGUGCGCUACGUGGGACCUACGGAUUUCGCAGACGGAACCUGGGUUGGAGUGGAGCUGGACUUACCUGCGGGGAAAAACGACGGGUCUGUGGGUGGAAAGCACUACUUCCACUGUAACCCUGGUUACGGGGUGUUGGUGCGUCCUGAUAGGGUGAGCCGUGGAGGAGUCGGGGGCGGGGCUAAGGAGAAGCGGCGACAGCAGCAGAAGCGUCGCAGUGCUAACCUAUCAGGGUCCAGCCCUAACCUGGCUGCCCUCACUGCCCUGGCCAAGGGAGAUGGGACUGGGGCCAGUCGCAAAGGAGACAACCGUAAAUCCUGGAACAGCUGAGAGGAGAGUGUAGCAAGGUUGGGGUCAAUUUCAUUUCAAUUCAGUCAAUUCAAGAAGGAAACUGGAGUUACAAUUUAAAUUUCCCCUGAACACUUCUCUAGAGAUGCAUUGAGGAAAAUUUGAAAUUCGAAUUUCAGUUUACUUUCCGAUUUUUGCUGGAAUUGAAACGAGAUUGACCCCAACCUGGUGGGUACUAGACACGACGCAACGCCACAACCAACUAGUAGAGGUGCAACCCGAAAACCACAGCAACAUCAAGACAUAAGAGGUGCACCGUUUUGUCGUUUUAAAUGUUCAGUCACCUAUGGACAGGUGGAGGAGAGGCCCAGUUCAUGGUGCUGGCUGCAUCAAGGAGUAGGAUUAAGUUAUCCCCUAGUCACUGAUCUUGGGUCAGUUUGACUUUUUCCCCACUCGUGGAUAAGGUUAGUAUUGGGGGGAGGGGAUGCAGAUUCUAGAUCUGUACCUAGGGGUAACUUCAUCCCGGAGCCAGUUUUGUGAAGUUGCCCCGAGUCACUGAUCUUGGGUCAGUUUAGCAUUUUCCUCACUAAUGGUUUGGGGGAGGAGGGGAAAGCUGAUCCUAGAUCUUGGUUAAUCUAGGGCAGGGGUGUCAAACUCAUUCCAUGGAGUUUUUUUGUUUGUUUUUCCUUUCAGUUAUUAAGACUAAGACAACCAGGUGAGGGAGUUUCUUACUAAUCAGUGACCUUAAAGCAAAAACACACCGAGAAUCUGACUGUCCAUAGACUGCCGAUGGGUACUUAUAACAGUGGGAGGCCGUUCCUUCAAAACAAAAGAGGUACCUGCUGCAUGCCGACCCGGUAUCAACGAACCUACCAAUUCUAUUUGUGGAAUCGCAAUGCUCGUCAGUGGCUAACAAUUUGACUUUGAACCAAUCAGAGAGCACCAACCCCCAAGUGGGAGAGCCAAUAAAAAUAAUAGGGCAUUUUCUCCAUACGUCCACGAAUGAGCCAGUCACACUUCAUAUGCAAUGUUAGGCUAUGAGAGGGUAGCUAGCUAAGUGCACAGACGCAAUGCACACAACACUAAAUACUUACUCCAAACAAGCUUACCACUGUAGCUAGUAAUAAAAAUGGAUUAGCUAGUUUCCAUGAAACUGUGUUAGCUGCUGAGUUAGUGCAGUGUCCUUAGCUAUGUUAUGCUAGCAAGCUAAACAUUUGGCUAGGGACUGGCAGUAUGGGAUUAUGGAGAGUUAAUUAAAUGGUUUCUUUCUCAUCUUGCUUGGUUGUUAUCUAGCUGUGGCCUUCUGGUUAGUAUCAACAAAGACUUUCUACUAUGCUUGGGUGAUAUACCUUAUGUCGGGGUAUUUUCGAAAUAGCGUUGGUAUGAUUUUCAAUACCAAUGGUUUGCUAACUUGCCAGCUAAGUUGCUAGACGUCAAGGUCACACUUCUUGUUUACAGCAGAGCCAUUCAAUCCCCUCCUGGGUGGAUCAAGAUCCCUGUUGCUUAAAUUGUUUUGAGCAUUUAAAAAAAAAAGUUUAAUGUUUUUUUUAUGGCGCCCCCUUGUGUGCACAUUCGGUAAUACCGUAUACCCUGGUAUGGUACAGAAACGGUAUGAACCUCUGGAUACUUCAC